AUGGCUUCCUCCACCGUUCUGAUUGUUCUCACGGUGGCGCUCCUGCUGAUCUCCGCCGCUGCCAACUCCCCAGUACCGUCUCCUGCGCCGGGCCCCGAAUCACCGGCGUGGAAAUGGACUCCCAGUAAUGAGCCACCGUCCUCUCCACCGAUGGCGGAACCGCCAAUGACGACAUCCCCACCUUCCCCGACAAUCUCUCCGCCGGCUACCCCACCGGAGAUCAGCCCCAUCCCGUCAUCCUAUGCACCGACUUUGCCACCCAAAGCGAACCCACCCACAUUGUCGCCGACUGCUCAACCACCGGUAGUGAAGAGUCCCAGUCAUGCACCAUCGCCGGCAAAAACGAAAGCACCUGCUCCGGCUCCGUCGAAAAUGAGUCCAUCGCCGGCCAAGGCACCGAAAUCGUCUAAAGCUCCAGCAAGCAGUCCUCCGUCACCAAAUGGAAUGAUGGAGCCACCGGCGCCAUCCGUAGCUCCGGCACCAUCGAAGAAGGAUAACGGUGGCGCUGCAAACAGAUUCGCCAUUGGUGGGUCGGUUGCAGUUGGAUUAAUGAUUGCGGCUUUAAUCGCUUAA